GGUUUUCUGAUAUCAGGAUGAAGAGCUGCCCAUCAGUUUCUUAGGUCUAGGAGGUGAAGUCAGUAUGUGCUGGAACUAGCCCUAGAAUUAAAUACAAGAUGCUCUUUGAAAAUAGCAGGACUGUCAAGAGACUUCUGGCUUAAGGAUCGGAGUCACAUCUGCCUCAGAAUGGUGUUUCUGAAUGCAGUGAGGACAAAUUUGGUGUAUCCUUUUUCUUCAGCUGCAAUUAACAGAUAUAGUUCUAAAUAAUGACUGAGAGACCGAUUUGAGUAAAACAGUCUCUCAGCUGCUGUUUGUUUGUUUAAUAUCUUUACUGAUUUAUAACUUAACACCGUACCUAAAAGAUUAAAUACAAAAUAUAGUUAGAUGAAGUUUCUGUAUUUAAAAACCUGCAUCUCCUGUCCCCAGGUGUUCCCAGGGUAAUUUAAAUGCUUCGCCCAUCAGAUGUAUCAAACUCGGUCUCCAGGAGACAGCCAGAGGGGGCCUUCCAUAUGACUAUCUUGCCACUGCUCCUGGAGAGUUGAACCCCAGGAAUCAAUAGCAAUAGCAAUCUAACAGCAAGCAUAGCUGUUUCUAUGGGACAUAAGUGGUUUCUCUGACAUUUGGCACCCAGACCAUGUAUGGCUUUAUAGAUAAUAGCCAAAACCUUGAACUGUGUAACAAAUCCAGUGUGGUUCAGUGGUACAAUAGUUUCUGGUUUCUCCAAGGUGAUCCUUGCCUGCCAUUCCCAUAACCCCUGAAAAUGAGGUCACAUGCUCAAAUGGCUCAUCCAAAUAAAGAAACAAGUUGGUGUAUUUUACAUGAGCUGAAAAAUCCAGGUGAUUUUUUUUUAAAGGGUUACAAUUACGGUUUAUUGCUGUAAUCUAGCUGUGAGGUUACAAAGGCAUGACUUACUCAGGUACAGUCCACAUCACACAGGAAUGUUUGCAGCCUGGUCAUAGAUGAAAAUAGUUGUCUGCCUCCACUGUCACCUGGGCAUCCAAAAGCAGCUACAGAGCUAACAUAACUUCAACUGCAAACUACACUGGCAAAGAUCAGACAUACACCUUCAAUAGAGGGCACACUUACUGACUUUGCCUAAUCCUAGAGAUGCUUCCCCAUGCCUUUUGCUAUCGAUAAACCUCUUGGUUCUUGUCCACAUCCUCACUUCUGUGUAAACAUAAAGACCUAUGGUAUCUUGGAGUCAGCGGAAAUUAAGCAUAGCUUUGAGUGCCCCCCACAGACUGAUGCUGCUGCAGCCCAAGCCAUCUCAUUAUAUGUCGCCUCUUGCAGAAGUGAAGGCACAUUGAGCAGGUCCCCAUAUGGGAGAAGCCUUGGGGUUGCUUCUUAAAGGGAAAGGAGCAAACCCACUGAAGAGGAUGUUGUGUCCAUCCCUCAAAGAUUCUGCAGAUGAGUCAACAGAAUCAGUCACACUCACAAGCACACUUCAGGGCUAUAGUAACCCAUUUUCUUGUUGGAAAGUAAAGCCUGAUCAAAUUUUUAAAAACUGUCAAAAUAAAAGUAGUUUUCCAAAGAAGUUAAAAACCAAAGUGUGCAGCUAACCUGUGUAUAAGCUAUUUAUGGACAAAGAGCUUAGAAUGUGCAAACAGUACAUUAGCAGGGGAAGAGAAAGUCUAGUCCCCUGUAACCUGUGAAAUUCAUAUUCUCUUUCACUCCUGUGAGUGAGAAGAGACUAACUCAAAGUAUUGCAGGGCCAGCAGAGCAGGCAAGUAACCAAUAUCAAUCCAUCCAGUAAAUCUGCAUGUUGCAGCUGUCAGAAUCAACUUGUUCUCAGGGAAUGCGAUUCAUGAACAUUCUGAGGCCAGUGUCACUAACGCAAAGGGAGCGAAACCUUUCAAUUUGGCUGAUGCUGAGUCGAUUGAAAUUAUUGGCAUUGCACAGUUGAUAAAGGUAAAAUAUAUUAUGGGAUUUGUUGGCUCCAGAUAAGGAAGUAUGGCAUUUAUCUCUAGUGCAUAAAUAGGCCACAAGGAAAACAUUUAUAUUUACAAACAAACGUAGUUUUAAAAAUGUUAAGGUUAGCGGCGUAUUUUUAGUGGAGUCCAGCUAAAACAUAAAUUAUUUAUCUCAGUGUUUGCUGCUGUAGGAAUCUCAGUUGUAUUGAUAGCCGUGCUGGGCAUAGGAGUUUUAUUGGGGAGUUUGGUCUCUGCAGAAGAGCUGAUAAGUACAAUUCACUAGCUUGAAUUUCUCUCUAAGUGUCCUCAUAGUUAUCAAGUUGCCUUACUUUUCCAUGCUCAGCUGUUAUGAAUGUCUUUCCCCCCCCCCUUAGUUCUGCACUUUUUCUGGUUUAUAACUGAAUAGCUAGUUGGCUCCUCUUCCACCCAAGAAAGGUGAAUGACCUGAUUUCCCUUUUGGUUGAAACUAUGUAUGGUGCAUAAGUCUUUGUGUAAACUGUAGCUGUAUUUGACUCUGUGCUUCUUAAGGCAGUGUAAUACUUUUUUUGGAACACAAUGACCUUGGCAGCUGGGGGUAGAGAUUGUCGCACACCAGAUGGUGUUUCUUGAGUGAAUGACCAUGAGAGAGGAUUUGUUGUUCUGCUUAAAUAGAAAUCUACAAUGCUUGAAUUCCAUUUUGUUGUGCACUUGGAAGCACCCUGUGUUGGAGUAAUGGAUCAUGGACUUUAAUCCAUGGAAGAGAUCUGUAUUUACUUAGUAUUCGAUUUGGGGACCUUCUGUCGAUAAAUAAGGUCGGAUGGCUCAGAAAAGACAUUUUAUUAAAUUAUUUAUUGCACAUGUUCUAAGACUGUGUGAGGCCUCAUUUCCAGGGGCCAGCAGUUCAAGCAAAAACUCAAAUAGUUUUCUGUAGUGGAGAAAAUCUUCAUUAUGUGUAUAUCUCGGUGUGUCUGUACCUUUCUGUUCAACUGGCAGAUGUUCGUGUGACCAGCUGUUAAGACCUGCUAUGUUAGAUGCACAACUGGACUGCAGGCAGCUAGUUCAAGAAUUAAAAUGAAGACAAUCUGAUAAGCAAGGGCUGUUUGCCCCAUCAUUUACACAUGCCUUUAAGUAAAUGAUCCCCAUUGUUGUAAAUAAAGGUCAGGAUGUCACUGUUCAUGCCCUACAGAGUAAGCACAUUUUUACUCCCUCGAAGCAUGACACUGGUGGGUAACAUUGAACAAAAAACGUGAUUGGAGAGCUGAGGUUAAUACGAAACAUUCCUGCCUGUUUACUCACAAACAACCAAAACAAAAUGACCAAGAAGAAUCUAUAAUUCUGAGGGUUAGUGCUAGAGUCUUUGCUCAGCAAAAAUUCCCACUCAAACAUGAGCAAGGUGGUGGGAUCAGGACAAUUGAAUAUAAAUUAUCAGACCUGUUGGGAAGAGUUAUGCAUGGAUUUUGUCAUGGAUUUUUCUUCCACGCUGCACAGCACUGUCAGUGCUUAAAGGGAACGAGUGCAUAAAGCUUAAAUACUUCAGUAUUUAUUAUGGAACGUUAAGUUAAGCAGUUCCAUAUAUAGAAAGUUCUAAUAUGCCUUGAGGCAUUUUCACUAAGCCCCUCUGUCUCUUGAGCUCUUUAGGCUUUCUUUCUGUUAUGUCCACUAUAAUUAUAUACCGAAGUGUUACAUUUUCAAGGCGACCCUGACCUGCUAUCUCAAAUUACAUCUGUAAAUUUUUCACUUACAGUUGUUUGCAUGUGCAGACUAGAUAGUUCAUCUGGCUGGUUCGCACAUGCAAAACGAGACUGUUAGUGUGCUAGCAAUUGCACGUGCAAAGAUGCCAGGCAUAAUUUCUGAGAAAGUUUUGAAAAUUUGGCCCAUAAUGAAUAAGAAUAUUAAACUUAGCCCUGGUCUACACUAGCACUUUAGGUCGAAUUUAGCAGCAUUAAAUCGAUGUAAACCUGCACCCGUCCACAUGAUGAAGCCCUUUAUUUCGACUUAAAGGGCUCUUAAAAUCGAUUUCCUUACUCCACCCCUGACAAGUGGAUUAGCGCUUAAAUCGGCCUUGCCGGCUUGAAUUUGGGGUACUGUGGACACAAUUCGAUGGUAUUGGCCUCCGGGAGCUAUCCCAGAGUGCUCCAUUGUGACCGCUCUGGACAGCACUCUCAACUCAGAUGCACUGGCCAGGUAGACAGGAAAAGAACAGCGAACUUUUGAAUCUCAUUUCCUGUUUGGCCAGCGUGGCAAGCUGCAGGUGACCAUGCAGAGCUCAUCAGCACAGGUGACAAUGAUGGAGUCCCAGAAUCGCAAAAGAGCUCCAGCAUGGACCAAACGGGAGGUACGGGAUCUGAUCGCUGUAUGCGGAGAGGAAUCCGUGCUAUCAGAACUCCGUUCCAGUUUUCGAAAUGCCAAAACCUUUGUCAAAAUCUCCCAGGGCAUGAAGGACAGAGGCCAUAACAGGGACCCGAAGCAGUGCCACGUGAAACUGAAGGAGCUGAGGCAAGCCUACCAGAAAACCAGAGAGGCGAACGGCCGCUCCGGGUCAGAGCCCCAAACAUGCCGCUUCUAUGAUGAGCUGCAUGCCAUUUUAGGGGGUUCAGCCACCACUAUCCCAGCCGUGUUGUUUGACUCCUUCAAUGGAGAUGGAGGCAAUACGGAAGCAGGUUUUGGGGACGAAGAAGAUGAUGAUGAGGUUGUAGAUCGCUCACAGCAAGCAAGCGGAGAAACCGGUUUUCCCGAGAGCCAGGAACUGUUUCUCACCCUGGACCUGGAGCCAGUACCCCCCGAACCCACCCAAGGCUGCCUCCUGGACCCAGCAGGCGGAGAAGGGACCUCUGCUGCAUGUGUCUCAAUGAUCACAGGAUCUUCUCCUUCCCAGAGCUAGUGAAGCUUAGAAAGAAAAAAAAACGCACUUGCGAUGAAAUGUUCUCCGAGCUCAUGCUGUCCUCCCACACUGACAGAGCACAGACGAAUGCGUGGAGGCAAAUAAUGUCAGAGUGCAGGAAAGCACAAAAUGACAGGGAGGAGAGGUGGCGGGCUGAAGAGAGGGCUGAAGCUCAAAUGUGGCGGCAGCGUGAUGAGAGGAGGCAGGAUUCAAUGCUGAGGCUGCUGGAGGACCAAACCAGUAUGCUCCAGUGUAUGGUUGAGCUACAGCAAAGGCAGCUGGAGCACAGACUGCCACUGCAGCCCCUCUGUAACCAACCGCCCUCCUCCCCAAGAUCCAUAGCCUCCGUACCCAGACGCCCAAGAACGCGGUGGGGGGGCCUCCGGCCAACCAGCCACUCCACCACAGAGGAUUGCCCAAAAAAAAGAAGGCUGUCAUUCAAUAAAUUUUAAA